AUGUAUGAAGAUUCCUGGUAUAGCUAUGUGCCGGAUUCGCACUCUAGAAAGGAUGAGCAAGUCUCCCAAGCCUCUGGCCAUCGGAGGAGAGAGUCGUUGUUGAAACAGUCCAAUGGAAACAACCAGAUAUCCAGUCCCCAAGAUCAUAUACUGGACCUGUUUGAAGAGCCCACAGGUUUGAAAGGUCCUCCUGCAGCGACGCUUGCCAGGAGAGCCAAAUCCUACUGUGACUUUUACGAUGCUGCCGUGACCUUUCUCGGGAAGGGGAACGUGGUUGAGCAAUCUCGAGAUGUCCUCGAAGCUGCAGAAUCACCUCCAAGCCUUGCUAUCCUCGAGACAAGAUUUGAGGGUUUUGAGGAAGAGCUCCUCGCUGAGAGCCAGGAGCAAUAUCGACUAUACAGAGACCAACUUGUCUUAUCAGAGCGGCAUCUUGACACAUUGCUAGCUGAUACAACGGACGCGCUAGACUUACUUGCCUCUCUCUCCGAGUCCUUCAAAUCCGUCGAAGCGGAAACCACAACUUUCCAGGCCAAUUGUGAAGACCUGUUGGAUGAGCAGAAACGACUUCGUAGUUUGGCGGAUGAGAUUGGAACAGACCUUCAAUACUAUGCCUACCUAGAACCUCUUACUCGCCGUCUGAACGCUCCAGGAUCUGGGCGACUAGUGAGGAACGACGACUUCUUGGAAAUGCUCAUGAAUCUGAACACUUGCAUUGAUUUUAUGGACCAGCAUCCAAACUACCGUGAUUCAACAGUGUACAAAACUCGGUACUCAACACUGCUUGAGCGAGCACUCAAUCUUGUGCAGAACGCCUUCUCGAUUGCCCUUCGUGACGUCUUCGAUGAUGUUUCGAAGGACCUCAAGGUCAAAGAACACAAUGAAACUGCCGAGUACAUUCUGCUUUACGGCAAAUACGAGACUGCAUAUGAGAACCUCGGGAUGCCCAUUCAAAAGCUACUGAAAAGUGUAGAUUUUGCCUUCGGCCAGAAGGGUGAUGUAAAGGCCUCCAGUCCUUAUGUCAACCAAUAUCACGAGCUCUAUAACCAGCUCGUCGAUGCCUUCCUCAAAAGUCGUGAGCCUGUUGGAACUUUGGUAUCGAAGAAUUUGCGGAAGUUUGCAGCGAAGGAGAAGCCAGAAACCGAUUUCGAAGUAUUCGCUCGGCUCUGUAUUCAGCAUGUGCUUGAUGUUUGUUACAACGAGCAGAAAUUAGUGACGCAUUUCUUCCAGGACGGCCCUCUCCUGGCAGAUUACCAGCCUCUCGUAUCAUACACUAAAAGUAGUGAGUACGCUGGCCGUCUUGAGAAUAACAUACUAUCACAUCUGGAGACGCUUCACGCCUUCCUCAUGCCACACUUCAGUAACGGGGAUCUCCAACGAAUAUGCGGACUGGUCAACUGGCUAGAGACCAUGUAUAUGGUAUCCAAUGAUGAAGACUUGGUCGAUGAUCAGCCCGCAGAUAGUCGAGGAUCAAUUGCUCAGGCUUUCUUGAGCAAAUACCUCUGGAACUCACUGGAUAGUCUGUUUCUCAAAGCAGCUACGGAAAUCGAACACUUCAAACCAACUCAAGAGGAUCUCAAAGUCCAACUCAAACAGAAGAUCAUUACGAACGAAACCACGAAAUCGACAAGUUUACAGGAUAUUGAUGGGAAAGUCCGGGUUCACGGCAGUCAUGCUCCACUAGUCUCAAACUCCUAUCCUACAGUCAAGACAGCUGUCAAACUCCUGGUCAUGUACAACGAGGGCGUCUACGACAGACCACGAACCAGCGAUGUUCUUUACGAGAUUGUACACCAAGUCACAGAUUCUCUUCAGAAAGCUGCCACAGUCAUCAAACGCACGUCCAACAUGAUGGACGCACAGCUGUUCCUGAUCCGCAAUCUCAUGUUUAUCGAGAACCUAUUCAUGACACGGGAGAUCCCAGACGUUGUCCGACAAUCUGCCGAAUUUGACUUCUCCCCAAUCUGGGAUACGAUUCAGGAACUCCAGGAGCGCAAGCAGCUAUUCAACCCUCUCGCCUACAUCACUCCUCUCGUGAAAGGUAACCUACUUCCUGCAGUUGUAGACCGUGUUUUGGAUGCACGGAAAGAGCUGGAGAAAGUGCUUGUGCAACAAAUCACGGCGUUCACGAGGACGUGGCAAUCCCGCUUGGCGGAGCAGGAUCCUAAGAAAAGGGCUUUGGUUGCUAGAGAGCUCGAAAUCUUGUUGAACAAGGCAUUCGAUGACGAUACGACUCGGGCCGCACUAUCAAAGAUGAUUCGAGCAGAGGAGAUAGAGGGAGCGGCUUAA